GGUAGCCAGUAGCCGUCAGCCUAGCCGUCGCAAACAAAACACGUCAUAGAAUUAAACAAAAGUAAAAAAUCGCAAUUGAAAAUUAUCGAAAUCUAACUUUUUCAUUGAUACAAAAAAAAGUGUAAAUUUAAUUAGAUAGUAAUUUAUAGUCUAGUCCAUUCAAUGUACAAAUUAAUGAUUUAAAAAUAAAACUAGUUUAGAUAAAAUCAUUAAUAACGUGGAUCUACAAACGGAAACCGUGGGUGUGAAAUUAAAGUUUUAAAAUAUUGAAUUCUGUAGUUCAAUACCUACCAGGAAUCUUUAAGCAUGGCAUCGCUGGUUCCUGAAGAAGAGGAGAUGGGCAUAUUAGAACAGUACGCUAAGUACAAUCCCGUAACAUUUCUGUUACAAUUCGUAGCUGCGUAUGGUUGGUAUGUGGUAGGAGCUAUUGGAUUGGCGGUGCUAGUCUACAAAAAGUUGAAGCCUGCAUUUGACAAAUACAACCUGAUUCAACAGGAUGCAGACCAUCAUAAAGAUCCGGACCGGGAACUGUCCCGCAUGGAAGCAAUCCAACGAGCUAGAGAAAAACAACAGCAGCUAUUAGAGCAAGCAUCGCAGCGAGCACUUGAAGCUCAAAAAGAGCGUGAAGAACGCAAGAGAGCAGAGAGGGCAGAAGCACUGGAGAAGUAUGGGGCAGCAGUCACCGGCAGGAAGCUUGGUGGCUCCGAUGAUGGCUACCUUCCUCUCAGUGGAGGAGCUUCAGCCUCCACCUAUCGACCCCCGAAGAAAUCGAAAUGUUCCGGAGGAGGAUGCGGGAAAUAAAUAUAAUAUCGUCCAACAUCACGUAGCCGAAGCGCAAGCAAACUACUUGUCGAAGUGAACCAGGGGGGGAGGGGGGAAUAGUCACGCUACAACCACUACUUCAUUGCCGUUUCGGUGCCGGGAGGGCUCACUAUAUAGAAUGGAUAUACAUAUCGACGCUUGAAAGGCAAACGUGACUAAGCCACAAUAACUGCUUUGUACAUAAAUGAGUCGUCUAUUAUCAAAGGUGGCAAUCUGUGCAUUUGGACAAAAAAAUGUUAUCGAUAUGUCAAUACAGAUUGAUUUGAAUAUAAUCGUCUCCUUCAAAGAAUACGGUUCAAAACCUGCAUUAAAUAAAGGUUAAUAGUUAACCUGUUAUUUAUCUAAGAUGUCGUUCCGAAGAGUUUUGUGACUGCCAAUGGAAUACAAAGUCAAAAAUUCGUUUUUCUGAUUUACCAAUAUUGUUCAAAAGUCAGAUUGCCGGCUUUGAUAAUAGACGACUCAAAUGACAGGCAAUAACCAAUCGAUGCGCAAAAAAAAAAAAAUUUUUCUAGGUCUAUUAAAAUCAUUUCAAUCCUACAGCUAGAUUCGUUAAAUAUAUUUUUUUUAGGUAUUUCAACUUUCAAUUAGUCUACUGUAAAGUUCACGCAUUGUCGCUUAGUCACGUUUGCCUUUCAAGCGUCGAUGUUUAAAAAUCUGGGUUUUCUUUUCUUUAACAAUGUCUGUAUGUACUAAAGUAAUUCGGAACUAUUAUAUAAUAAAAUUAAUAGUAAAAA